CCGCCGCCGUCUGAGCCGCCGCGCCCGCGAGGCCCGGCGCGCGGAUGGUGCCGGAGCGGCUCGGCUGCUGAGCCGCGUGUCCCGCCCCUCCCGCCCCUCCCCCACGCGGUGGUCUCCCCUCCGGCCCCGCCCGGCAGAGCCAUGUCUCGGGGCGGCUCCUGCCCUCACCUGUUGUGGGACGUGAGGAAGCGGUCCCUCGGGCUGGAGGACCCGUCCCGGCUGCGGAGCCGCUACCUGGGAAGAAGAGAAUUUAUCCAAAGACUGAAACUUGAAGCAACCCUGAAUGUGCAUGAUGGCUGUGUUAAUACAAUCUGUUGGAAUGAGACUGGAGAAUAUAUUUUAUCUGGCUCAGAUGACACCAAGUUAGUAAUUAGUAAUCCUUACAGCAGAAAGGUUUUGACAACAAUUCGUUCAGGGCACCGAGCAAAUAUAUUUAGUGCAAAGUUCUUACCAUGCACAAAUGAUAAGCAGAUUGUGUCCUGCUCUGGGGAUGGAGUAAUAUUUUAUACUAAUGUUGAGCAAGAUGCAGAAACCAACAGACAAUGCCAAUUUACGUGCCAUUAUGGAACUACCUAUGAGAUUAUGACUGUGCCCAAUGACCCAUAUACUUUCCUCUCUUGUGGUGAAGAUGGAACUGUUCGGUGGUUUGAUACACGUAUCAAAACUAGCUGCACAAAAGAAGACUGCAAAGAUGAUAUUUUAAUUAACUGCCGACGUGCUGCCACAUCUGUCGCUAUUUGCCCACCGAUACCAUAUUACCUUGCUGUUGGCUGUUCAGAUAGCUCAGUACGAAUAUAUGAUCGGCGAAUGCUGGGCACAAGAGCCACAGGGAAUUAUGCAGGUCGAGGAACUACUGGAAUGGUUGCCCGUUUUAUCCCUUCCCAUCUUAAUAAUAAGUCCUGCAGGGUGACAUCGCUGUGUUACAGUGAGGAUGGCAGAGAGAUUCUUGUUAGUUACUCUUCAGAUUAUAUAUAUCUUUUUGACCCGAAAGAUGACACAGCACGAGAACUUAAGACUCCUUCUGCGGAAGAAAGAAGAGAAGAGCUACGACAGCCUCCAGUGAAGCGUUUGAGACUUCGUGGGGAUUGGUCAGAUACUGGACCUCGAGCGAGGCCUGAGAGUGAACGAGAACGAGAUGGUGAGCAAAGUCCCAACGUGUCACUGAUGCAGAGAAUGUCUGACAUGCUGUCGAGGUGGUUUGAAGAAGCAAGCGAAGUUGCACAGAGCAGCGGAGGACGAGGACGGUCUCGGCCACGAGGUGGAACGAGCCAGUCUGAUGUGUCCGCUCUUCCUACGGCCCGGUCAAGCGCUGGUUUGGAAGUGGGGGAAAGUGCGAUGGAAGUAGAUCCUUCGGCUGGACAGUCUCUUGAGCCUUCCACGUCCCCUGCAGUGUCCGCGCAGGCUCAGCUGACGCCCUCCUCUACAGAAAGCCCUCCUCCUGCUUCCUCGCUGUCUUCCCCAGACCGUGAGCACAGGCAGCCUGUGGAGGCAUCCGGACGCCGCACGCAUCAUCAGUCUGAAUUCUUGCGGGGGCCUGAGAUAGCUCUGCUCCGCAAGCGCCUGCAACAGCUGAGGCUUAAGAGGGCUGAGCAGCAGAGGCAGCGAGAACUGGCUCCGCGCGCCCAGCAGCCUUCCACUUCCGAGCAGGCCUCCCCCGAGGGCUCUUCCCAGGACCCGCAGGCUUCAGAUUCUCCUUCUUCUGUGGUUAACAAACAGCUUGGAUCCAUGUCACUUGACGAGCAGCAGGAUAACAAUAAUGAAAAGCUGAGCCCCAAACCAGGGACAGGUGAACCAGUUUUAAGUUUGCACUACAGCACAGAAGGAACAACUACAAGCACAAUAAAACUGAACUUUACAGAUGAAUGGAGCAGUACUGCCUCGAGUUCUAGAGGGAGUGGAAGCCACUGCGAAUCUGAGGGUCAGGAGGGACCCUUGGCCCCAGAGAGCUCUGUGCGGCCCCCGGGAGACAGCGACACCAAAGUUCUUGAAGAACCAUCAGAGGAUGUGACUGCAUGUCAGGAAGGUACCUCUGCAGAAAGCACAGUUGAGAACCGUGUAGACACAGGGAGAGCGUCCAGUUUGAUUAAACAGUGUUGCCGACAUGACCAGCAGUUUCCACUUUAUUUUCCGACAGCUCAGUCAGAUACACUCACAUCUGAGCCCUUGGAUUCCAGCUCAGGAGAAAGAAAUGACUUCAAUCUUGAUAGUUCCUGUGGGGUUCCAGAAGAACCCACUUUGUCUGAACAAGACAAGGAACCAGGAACUCCAGAGCAGACUAGCACUGAAGGUGCUACAGGUCAAAACCCCACCAGUCCUGAGCCUCAGUCACAAACAGAAGCCGUCGGGCCUUCGGCUCCUGAGGAGACAUUAGCCAGGGACUCUGCUCUCCCGGACACAGAUGACAGUGACGACGACCCAGUCCUGAUCCCGGGUGCAAGGUAUCGAGCCGGACCUGGUGACAGACGCUCUGCUGUUGCCCGCAUCCAGGAGUUCUUCAGGCGGAGGAAAGAAAGGAAAGAAAUGGAAGAAUUGGAUACUUUGAACAUUAGAAGGCCACUAGUAAAGAUGGUUUAUAAGGGCCAUCGCAACUCCAGGACAAUGAUAAAAGAAGCCAAUUUCUGGGGCGCUAACUUCGUGAUGAGCGGCUCGGACUGCGGCCACAUCUUCAUCUGGGACCGCCGCACCGCUGAGCACCUGAUGCUGCUGGAGGCCGACGACCACGUGGUCAACUGCCUGCAGCCGCAUCCGUUUGACCCAAUUCUAGCCUCAUCUGGCAUAGAUUAUGACAUAAAGAUCUGGUCACCACUAGAAGAGUCCAGGAUUUUUAACCGAAAACUUGCUGAUGAAGUUAUAACUCGAAACGAACUCAUGCUGGAAGAGACCAGAAACACCAUCACGGUGCCGGCCUCCUUCAUGUUGCGGAUGUUGGCUUCGCUGAAUCAUAUCCGAGCCGACCGGUUGGAGAGCGACAGGUCAGAAGGCUCUGGUCAGGAGAAUGAGAACGAGGAUGGAGAGUAACCAGCUCUGACUGGCGAGCACUGGGAUGUUCUGAGAUUUGUAGAAGACAUUUAUUAUAUUUUUUUCUUUACAGAGCUUUAGUGCAAUUUUAAGGUUAUGGUGUUUCAGAGUUUUUCCCCUUUUCGGGAUAACCUAACAUUGGUUUGGAAUGAUUGUGUGCAUGGAUUUGGGAGAGUGUGUCAAACAAAACUAGCAAAAAUGUUUUUAAAACUUUUUGCCAUGUGUGAGGAGUGCUAGAAAAUGCGAAGUGCAAUAUUUUCCCUAACCUUCAGAUAGGAGAGCUUGGAUCAAUGUGGAAGAGUAAUUUUCAUUAUAGUGAAAAUGUUGGUCAAAUGAAUUUCUACACUUGCCAUUUGCAUGUUUGUUGCUUUCUAAUUAAAGAAGUUGGUUGUUUUAAGA